AUGUCAUUACCACAAUGGUGUCCACCGCAUUCCACCUUAAAAAGAAAUCCAACUACAGGAGAGGACGUAUACUGCAUAUGUAAAAGGCCAGACUAUGGGGAGCUGAUGGUGGGAUGUGAUGGUUGUGAUGACUGGUUUCAUUUCACCUGCCUUCAUAUUCCUGAGCAGUUUAAGGACCUGGUGUUCUCUUUUUAUUGUCCUUACUGUCAAGCGGGGAUUACUGGUAAGAAUAAGGACGCCAUAAUCAAUGGUGAAGGGAGCUUGCCAAAAACCUUAUGGAAAAGAAAAUGUAGGAUAAGUGAUUGCUACAAACCAUGUUUACAGGAUAGUAAAUACUGUUCUGAGGAACAUGGUAGAGAAUUUGUGAAUGAUAUUUGGUCGCGAUUGAAAACAGAUGAGGAUAGAGCAGUCGUCAAGAAAAUGGUCGAACAAACAGGACACAUAGAUAAAUUCAAGAAAUUUGGACAACUGGAUUUCAUUGAUAACAAUAUAGUUGUAAAAACAGAUGACGAAAAGGAAAUAUUCGAUCAAAUUGUUGUACGAGACAUGACGUUAAAAACUCUUGAAGAUGAUCUGCAAGAGGUUCAAGAGAUAUCGCUACCAUUAUUCAAAAAAAAGCUAGAACUUUUGGAAGUAUAUUUGGGAUGGUUAGACAACGUAUAUACCGAAAUGCGCAAGCUGGACGAUGAUGCUGCAAGCCAUGUGGAAUGUGGUAAAGAAGAUUCCAAGGGGACAAAAAGGAAGAAGAAGAAAAAUAGCAGCAGGAGUAGGGCUAGGAAAAAUAUAUGUGGCUAUUGUUCUACAUACGAGCGAAUACCCUGCUCUGUGGAAGAAUUUGUCAGAGAUUUUGGAAGUAAUGAGGAAGCCACCAAAAUACAUGAGGUAUGCACGAAGUGGAAGUGUAACAGACAUUUGGAUUGGGUGUCUACUAAUCAGGAACAAUACCUCCAGCAGAUUGACUCUUUAGAAUCUAUGCAAGAAAGGUUGCAACAUCUGAUACAGGCCAGGAAAAAGCAACUAAAUAUACAAUACUAUGAGGAAAUUUUAAGAAGAGGUUUGUAA